AUGACUCCUGAAUUCUUGAAACAACACAUUCAACGCAACAACAGCAAUAACAGCAUAUACAGCAAUCAGCACACAACAACAAAUUACAACAAUGACAAUGAUAGCAGCCGACUGUCAGCGUCACUAACAUCCGCCACCACACCACCACUCACACAARCGCACAAUGCCAGUCGAUAUAUGACGCGCAAUGAUGCCAAUAGUAUAAGUGGUUACACGCCACCAGCAAGCCCAGCGCCAYCAGCCACACCACCACCAYGCACGCCGACGCUCAAUGCCAACGUGCGCAACAGAAUAYUCGGCGAGGCAGCGCUGGCGCAAAUGCCCAAAGCGACGUCAACACCRCCCACAACAGCCGGCGACAUCAUUGGCAGCGUGUUGGGCGAUUUCGGUAUUUGGCAGUUACGUUCGGUGCUCAUACUCUUUCUGUGCAAAUUACCCGCCUCUUGGUUCAUGGCCUGCAUAAUUUACACAGCGCCCGAAAUUAAACCGCUCACGCAGUAUCACUGCGACGCGGCUGAGCUGACUGCAAAUCAGUCGGUAACGGCGAAUCAGUGCUACGUGGUGAAUUGGAGCGCGAACGUGGGGCCGAAUGGCACCUCGACGGGCGMGAUGCUCUCGCAGAAACCAUGCACGCAAUUCAUCUACGAAGACAACUUCUACUCGUUUAUCAUGCAGUACAAUUUGGUGUGUCUGCGUGAGAUAUUCGUGGCCUGGACGCAGUAUUGGCAUCUGUUCGGCGUGUUGGUGGGCGGUGUCAUCGGCACCAAAGCGAUGUUGAAACUCAGUCCGCGCACAGUCUACAUCAUUGGCGCGGUGCUGCAGAUUAUACUGGGUGUGGUCACCGGCUAUUCGACCGAUCUAACCAUGCACUGCAUCUUUCGCUGUCUCGCAGCUAUUGGCUGCGCGAUGAUGUUCACCUCGGCGCAGGCAAUCUUUGUUGACAUUACUGGCGGUCGCUAUCGCACCGGUGUCAUCAUACUCUACGACACAUUUUGGUCGCUCGGCGUCAUACUGCUGCCAGGCAUUUCGUCAUUCUUCAACAACUGGAGCCAACUAUAUUUGGGUAUUACCUUCCCUACCGUGAUUUUGCUAUUUCUGCUGCAAUGGACACCAGAAUCUCCGCGUUGGCUGUUGAAGAAUGGCAACGAACACGACGUGUACCGUGUGGAACGUAUGAUACGCAAGGCUGUGGACAUCAAUGAACGUACAUUCCUCAUACCCGACGAUUUUCGCCAACAAAUCGAAAAGCUGCGCGAAACUCUGCGUUCCCAAAAACCGCCGGCCACUUGGGUGCAGCUGUGGCGUGGGCCACGCGCCAAGCACUACAUGCUGGCGGCGCACGUCGCACUCGCUUGCUACAUUGUSAACUAUAUGGGCAUGCUGUUGAAUUUGCGCUCAUUCGGACGCGACUAYCGUGUGCCGAAUACGAUAGCGAUGGGCGUGGCUGAGAUCGUUGGCUGCUUCAUUGCUCUACACUUUGYCAUGAAGCAGGGUAAGAAGAAAUUCGUGUAUGCUGGUUGCUUCAAUAUUAUCGCCGGUCUUAUCGGUUGCCUCGGCUGGACCUUUACGCACGCGAACUUGAAUCCUGACUUCAAAGUCAUACUCUGGAUGAUCAUCGCCCUGGUGCCGAAGGUCAGCGUCUCCUGUGCGCAGUCGUUAAUGCAGGGUUGCAUGGCCGAAGUAAUGCCAGCCCAUAAAAAGCAACCUUUUGCUUUCUCCGUUGUGACUUUCGCGCGCAUUUGGCUGYUGAGUGCGCCAUUCAUCAAUCURCUCAAAAAGACMGAUGUCGCGCUUUCGCUUACAUUUUUCGCCGUGUUAACGGUAAUUGGCGGCAUUAGCACCUGCUUGCUGCAGCCGCCUCGGCAGAAAAAUACAGCUAAUCUGACGUUGUCAGAGGCGAUCGGUAGCGAUGAAGCGAAUAAGAAAGAGCGUUCACCGUUAACCGCCACUGUUUGGACGGUCGAGGGCGAUACGAAUAAUACGCGCCUAUAAGUAGGUUGCGCCAUCUGUYAUUAUUCAUGUGUAUUAAUUGUAUUAUUUAGUUAAUUUAGCGUGUGCCAUCGGAAACAAAGUCUUCGCUCAAUAGUUAUAUACUACAUACAUACAUAUAUAAAAUAUUAAUAAUUAGUCUGUAGUGCAGCUAUUACUAUUGUUAAAGAUAUUAUUAUUACUCGCAUACAUUUAAAAUGAAUAACUAACCUUAAAAAAUUUAUUAAAAAAAAUGUAGUUUAAUAAAUCUGUGAUUAACAAAGCCAUAACAAGGUAUGUUUACAUACUUAUAUACAAAAGAAUUUUCUCGUAAAGUUAGACAAGCACAGCCCUUAGGCACUUUUGUUUCCUAAUCUUCUAAUUAAAUUUGUAAAUGAAUUAAUUGUACUUAAGUUUUAAUUACGAUUGCUUAUAUUAGUACCGCAUUAACGACACGAGCACUUUGUUUUCACUUACAAUAGUAUAUGUUUGUAUUCAAAAACGAUUUAUAUCAUAUAUAUUAGUAAUAUAAAACAAAUAUUAG